CAUGCUCAUUCUGAAAACUGUAACGUAAAUGUUGCUUGGAGGAAGAGAAAUACUUUGGUCUACGCACAGCACUUACAGCAUCCUUCCCUUCUGAUGCUAGACUUGGGUUUAUAAAGUGCAUCUUCUCAGAUGUGUAGAUUUGUUGAAGUAAAAUACUAAUAGAAAACUGAAUAACUUAUUCCACACUUCUAAAGUGCCUUCCUGACUUCUAGUGCUUGGCUAUUUAAAGAAAUUAUGAACUGUCUCUUCCUUACAUUCCUUAUCCAGGCAGGAUGGUCACAUGUCACUGGGUAUAACAUUGAUGUUCUGGACCCAACCUUUUUUCAGAAAUCUGGAGUCUCAUUUGGUUACAAGGUGGCUCAGUUUGGAACUGGAAGUGAUAAAAUGAUCAUUGUUACCGCUCCCCAAGAAGGUAGAGGAAUAAAUGAAACUGGGAGUGUUUAUAAGUGCAAUUACACAAAACAGAGCUGUGAAGCUUUAGACCUUCAAGCACCAGAAAAUGCGGUGAACUCUUCCAUCGGCCUUACAUUGGCUUCACAGCAGUCACUAGAGCCUCGGCUCCUGGUAUGUGGGCCAACCGUGUCCUAUUCAUGUGUUACAAGUGCGUAUUUCACUGGAAUGUGCUACUUGCUUGAUCACAAACUGCACCAGGUACAACAGAUACCUAAAACACUGCAAGAAUGCCCAAAGGCCCCCACGGACAUUGCAGUAUUGUUUGAUGGCUCAGACAGCAUCAGUGCAAGUGAUUUUAUAAAAAUGAAAACAUUCUUGAAGGACAUGAUUCAACUUUUCAAAGAAAAAGAUGUCCGGUUUGCAGUAAUACAGUAUUCAGACGGAUGGGAACUUCAUUUUAAUUUCAGUAUGUAUAUCACGCUACAAAAUGUGAAUCACUCAUUGGAUAAUAUAACUCAGUUAAAAAGUGGCACUCGUACAACUCUUGCAAUGGAAUAUGUGAUAGACAAUGUCUUCACUGAAACAAAUGGAAACCGUCCUCAAGCAAGUAAAGUCCUGGUUGUAGUCACUGAUGGUGAAAAUAUUGGGGCUAAGCCUACAUUUGCUGAAGUAGCUAAAAAAGCUAACAACAAAAACAUCACACGAUAUGCAAUUGGGGUUGGAAAUAUCUUCAAUACAUCUAAUGCAGGAGAAGAACUGAAAAACAUUUCUUCACAUCCCGGUAACGUAUUAAAAGUGAACAGUUUUGAAGGACUUGAAAAUAUCCAGCAAAAACUUCAAAAUAAUAUUGUUGCAAUUGAAGGCUCUCAAGAAUUGCAGAACGUUACAUCAUUUCAAACUGAAAUGAGUCAAGAAGGUUUCAGUGCCAUUUUAGCUCCUGAUGCAACUGUACUAGGAGCUGUUGGAGCAUAUCAGUGGUCAGGUGGAAUUUUUGAAUACCAAGGAGACAAGCACAGCGUUUUCAUUAAUGCCUCAUCCACGUACACAAAUAUGACGGAUUCUUAUCUUGGUUAUGCUGUUAAGUGGCUAAAACAUGACAGUGCAACAAUGUAUGCUGUUGGAGCACCACGGUAUCUUCACAUAGGGAAAGUGGUUGUAUUCAGCAGAGUUAAAGAUGGAGCAGGCUGGCAAAUUUCUAAAGAAAUAUCAGGAGAUCAGAUCGGAUCAUACUUUGGUGCAGAGUUGUGCGCAGUAGAUUUGGACGGUGACACAAAUACAGACCUCUUACUGAUUGGUGCUCCACAUUACAUCAGGGAGAGACAUGGUGGACUUGUGAAGGUGUGCCAUGUACUAAGCCAGGAAGCAUUUUCUUGUGAUGGAGAGCUACAGGGAAAAGCAGGCGAUCCUUUUGGUCGGUUUGGUGCUUCAAUAACAGACAUUAUGGACAUUAACGGUGACAACAUUGCAGAUGUUGUAGUUGGGGCCCCACUGGAGAACAACCACCAUGGCAGCAUUUACCUGUUUCAUGGACAAAAAGAUGGAAUCAAUUCAGAAUACAGUCAGCAUAUAAAAGGAGCACAGAUUUCCAGUACCUUAAAGUACUUCGGGCAGUCUGUCCAUGGUAUCAUGGAUCUGACCGAUGACAAUUUAACGGAUAUUGCUGUUGGAGCACUUGGACGUGCAGUGCUGUUAAGGUCUGUCCCCAUAAUCAAAAUCAGUGCAUCCCUGAAAUUCGACCCAGAGGAAGUUUUAUCAACGCAGUUUGAAUGUUCCAGUUUGUUCUCUCAACAAAAUGUGGCCAGCACAGCUAAAGUAUGCUUUAAUGCUACAAUGGUUACCAAGAAUGCUGUAGGUGGACUGCCCGUCAAUAUUUCCUUCAGGCUAUAUUUAACAAGAUCAGCAGUGUUUCAGGCACAGCAGCCAGAAAUAAAUAAAACAAUCUCUGUAGACAGAACAUACAUAUGUGAAGACCAUGAAAUAUACUUUAAGACUUGUCUGAAGGACUUUUCUAGUGCAGUAAAGCUCAGAAUGAACUUUUCUCUGGCAGCAGUAGCAUCCGGCAACACCCUCAAGCCUGUUCUUCAUGAAAAGUGCCAAACAAACUACUCUGCUUUGAUUUAA